AUGUCGAAAGAGAAAAUAUUUAUUGAAAAAUUUGGCAAUAAAUACUUUUGUCUUCGACAAAGAAGUAAUUAUUGCCAAUUCGAAACGAAAACGAGUAAAAAAAAAAUUGUGAACUCAAAACCGUUGAAAGAUGAAGAUAUUUACAAAACCGUAGAUAGAUUGGAAAACAUGGUGUUUUAUAAGUUAUCUAAAAUAAAAAAAUUCAAGCCACCAACUGACAAAAAAGCAUAUUUCGAACAAAAAUUGCACGAAUUUCUAAGAAUUAAUAAAUUAGCCGUGGAUAUUUUAAACGAAAUACAAUAUUCAACCGAUAUAAUAUACGAUUUAAAAAUGGUAAAAAUCAUAUUAAAUCAUAAUCUUACACAACUUCAAUGCAUUCAAGAUGAACAAAACAAUAUAUUAUUGGAAAAUUUGAAAGAAAAAAAAUUGAGUUUUACAGAUAAAAUU